AGUGUUUUUUCCUUGUAGAAACAAAUGAUGUCUCCUCCUUGCAGUGUCCUCCUAAAUUAUUAUAAGGGCAAUGUUUACCUGCCAUAGUCUGGACCAGUGACGUGUGCAAUGAUGUGGGUGGCUGUGAACAGCAUGGCAAGCUAAUAGCCAUAGCCUGGCUUAGCCUGGCUCGAAUACUUGCUGUCACACAAAUAGGUUCCCCUAUUUAAGCCCUCAGGGAUUGGAUGUUCUGGCUUAUCCGUGUCAGCAAGAAGAGGAGAAAGAUAAAUAGAUUGUUUUCCAGUAAGUUUGUGAAUGUUGUCUAUGGUUUUGCUUUAGUGAAUGAAGGAAAAGAAAAUAUGGCCUCUGCCAGGAAUAAAUUUGUAUGUGAAUAAAAUCUGCGUUGAUGAACGAGUAGGUCUGGAAGGAUUUGUGCUGUGUUAAGACUGGAAGAAGGGAGCUUAAUUCUUGGGCUGGACUCUUGUUUGGCUCGAUAAAACCAUGGCAGAAGAGUAUAGAGAGGCAUUGUUGAAGAAGGAUGAUUACUACGAGAAUUGCCCAGGAUGUAAGGUUGACCAACUUAAAGAGUUGAAGAAAGGAUUCCCUUUUCGUGAGCUUAUUUCGAUAUGGAUUGUUGUGCUUUGUACUGCACUUCCAAUAUCAACUCUCUUCCCAUUCCUUUAUUUCAUGAUUAGAGAUUUUGGAAUUGCUGAGCGAGAGGAAGAUAUUGGCUACUAUGCUGGAUAUGUUGGGUCCUCAUUUAUGAUUGGGAGAGCUCUAACUUCUGUUUUCUGGGGAAUAGUAGCUGAUCGCUAUGGUCGAAAACCUGUUAUACUUUUAGGGACCAUCGCAGUGGUCAUUUUCAAUACUCUCUUUGGUCUUAGUGUGAAUUUUUGGAUGGCCAUCAUUACAAGAUUUCUUCUUGGGAGUUUGAAUGGUUUACUCGGACCAAUAAAGGCAUAUGCAGUAGAGAUUUUCAGGGCAGAAUAUCAAGCAUUAGGAUUAUCAACAGUUAGUACAGCAUGGGGUAUAGGACUGAUCAUUGGCCCAGCUCUUGGAGGUUUCCUGGCUCAGCCAGCUGAGAAAUAUCCAAAUUUAUUUUCCAAGGAAUCUCUUUUUGGGAGAUUUCCCUACUUCUUACCAUGCUUCUGUAUAUCACUUUUCGCAUUGGCGGUCACGAUUGUUUCUUGCUGGCUUCCGGAAACUUUGCAUGUGCACAAUGAAAAGAAGACUUCAUCCAAUGAUUCUUAUGAUGCUUUGGAAGCUGCAACCGGCGCAUCUAAAGGAGACAAAACAAGAACAGAUGAUAAAGGAAGGAAACCAUCUUCUAAUGAAAGCCUUCUAAGGAAUUGGCCUUUGAUGUCCUCCAUCAUUGUCUAUUGUAUUUUCUCACUUCAUGACAUGGCUUACACAGAGAUAUUCUCAUUAUGGGCCGAAAGCUCUAGAAAACUUGGAGGCCUGGGCUACACAACAGAGGAUGUUGGUGAAGUUCUUGCAAUCUCAGGUUUCAGCCUUCUUGUCUUUCAACUUUCUCUGUAUCCAUACGUGGAGAGGAUUCUUGGACCGAUACCAGUAGCUCGAAUAGCAGCGGUCAUAUCCAUACUGCUACUGUCAAGCUACCCUUUUAUAGCUAUGUUAUCCGGGCUCGGCCUCAGCAUUUUGAUAAAUUGUGCAUCUAUAAUGAAGAAUGUUUUUUCUGUUUCAAUUAUAACGGGCUUGUUUAUUCUGCAAAACAAUGCUGUGGAUCAAAACCAAAGAGGAGCUGCUAAUGGCAUUUCUAUGACAGGAAUGUCUCUUUUCAAGGCGGUCGGUCCGGCUGGGGGUGGUGCUAUAUUAUCCUGGGCACAAAGGCGCCAAAAUGCUGCAUUUCUGCCAGGGGUGCAGAUGGUUUUCUUCAUCCUGAACGCGGUUGAAUUAAUUGGAGUGCUGAUGACCUUCAAACCUUUCCUGGCACAGAGACAAGACAAACCAAGAAACGGGACUGCCUGAUUUUCAUUGACAAUCAAUUACCUUAAAAAGGCUAUUGUUGUUGUCCGCAGGAGGAGAAACUAGUUCUGCGGUAUGCAUCUUUUAUGUAAUGUUUUGGUCUGGGCAAAAGGCAGCACUGCUAUCAUGUUGCUGUACGUAGAACGUGCUUAAUAAUGACCAGAAAGAAAGUAGGAAUUCUAAUGAGGAAAGGUCAAUCACACGCAGGCUAGCUAUCAUGUGACUUCCAUGGAAUCUGCAGUUGUCAAUUAACACUCCUUCUUUCAAUAUUAAUCAUUGGCUAGAUUUUGCCUUUUUUCAUUAACAA